UCUACGUCUUUGUAUGCUAGAAUCAUUCAUCUUCCAUGAUGAGUCAUCGCACGCUUCAGGUAGCCACGUCGGACACAGCCCCUCCUCUUACCGCGGGGCAGUGUUUAUGGCGUCGUGUCUUGGCUACUCAUUUGGCCAACCGGCGUCUAUUUUCUGAGUCUUCCUCUAAGAAGACUCCUGCUGACAUGCCUAGGAACAUUAAAUCCCAGCAUAUAUCUAUAGAUUCUGUGCGGAUCAAGUCUAAACUGAAGGAUCUUUGUUACAAUUGUGAUGGAUCACGUUUGUUCGUAGCAUCUCGUGAGAGUGUUUAUAUUUUGGAUGUUGAAUCACUUUCACUGGUUACUACUAUCAGUGCGAAGUGUAUACGCGUGCUGACUCACCCAACUAAAGCGGAUACAUUUGCGUUGUUAUCUGUGGAUGGUACUGACCAUUCUCGUCCUUGUGUAAAGGUAUUCACGUUACCCUUUACUGCUGGCGUAGCACCGUCAUUAGUCUUCACAGCGUACAGUACAUUUGAUGAUGUUUGGUAUUCAGGUGCAUGGUCGCCAAACGGUGAUACCAUAGCUGUUUUAGACCGUUCUGACCGUUUGCAGCGUGUGGAUGCCACUAGACAUGAGGACUCUGACAUUGACCCAUCUUCUGCUAUAUCGCUAUCUUCUGAGGUCUAUGGGCUCGUAUAUACAUCGAGCAACUUAGUAUUACAAAAGGUGGAUGGUUGUAUCGACGUUUUGACACCUGAUUUUGUCCACGUGACCUCUGAGCAGUUACACUCUCACAUAGUCCUUACUGCUGGAUACAAUCGGGAGUUGGACUUGCUUGCAACUGGUGGCAGUGACCACACCGUACAGGUGGUUAGUUGCAAACAUGACUUUACUUGUAUCGGCUCGUUUUUUGCUCUUGAGGGUAAGAUAAGCAGUAUCAGCUUUUCGCAUGAUGGUAUGCUUCUUGCUUGGGGUACCAAAGACACCCUUUACACGGGUGGUGAUGACAGUUCUGGGAAUGAUAGUAAUGCUACUGGUGAAUAUUAUCUCACGGUUGCUGGCACUAACCCUUGCGAGAUAUACUUACAGAUUCGCAUGCCUGCUGCUGUAACUCAUGUCCAAUUCUGUCCGGAUGGUUACACAAUAGCUUAUGCCUGCGAUAUAGACAAUCUUCCUAAGGGAACUAGCGCAUCCACAGCCAUUGGUCUGUUAAAGUUGUGUUAAGCGCUAUUUAGUGGACUUUAUUCCACCUGCUGUGCGUUAUUACUUCGCGUUACUCUAGAGUGACAUUUAAUAUAC